AUGGCUAGCAAGGCUAAGCCAACCGCGGACAAGCAGAAGCUGAAGCCCUCGAGGGGCCGUGUUAUCGGGAAAUUGCCCGGCUCACCAACGCCGGUCAAGGCUGGCAGCACCGGAGGCGCAAAAGAGGCUGCCACUGCUGGUCGCAACAUCGCCUUGGCCGACGAACGCUCGCGACAUCCGGGUCACAAGUCCAAUAUUGGCGAACGCAAGCACGAGGACGUUAGGACUAAGUCUAAGCCUAAAGGCGGUGUCUCUAACCCGAAACACGACGACAAUGCCGUGAAAGCGAGAGCUGCCGGUGCGCGACCCAAGGCAGCCGGGAAGGGCACCACUUCCAGCUCCGAGUACGAGGAAUCUGGUAUGCCAACGCGUAGCCCCAAGCUCACCCGUGCUACGAAUGUCUCCCACCUGUCCUUGGAGAAGCACAGCAAGACCAAGUCGCGCAGUUCGCCGCGUGUCUCGGCCCCCGAGGAAGAAAACGUUGAGAAGGCCGCUGCCAAGAAACACCAAAUCAACAGGCGCAAGUCGAUGGUCGCCGCGGCCUUGGCAAGGAUCCGCAGGACUCUCAGACCCGACCAAGUGGACGGCUCUAAAAGCGACACGGAGACCACACUGAGCAGCAAGGACCAGAUGUCGCUGUUCCUGGUGUGGGCGGUCGCCGCAUUCCUCUUCAUCUUCAUGGCAAUCCUGAUGUUCGUGUUCUUCCUCGGAGGAACCAACAUACCGGAGGGAGUCGCGUGCAUCACCGACGAAUGCCAGGAAGCCAAGCAGUAUUUGGACAGCCUGCUGAACGACACCCGGGACCCAUGCACCGACUUCUACGGCUACGUGUGCGGCUCGUGGCAGGCGAAGGGAGGCAGCUUCCACGGCGACGCGUCGAUUGGAGCCCUCUUUAGGCUUAACACGACGCUCCUUCACACGCGGAUCAUCAAGCGCAAGGAGGAGAUACGCCAGGGGAUGCACCUCCUCAGACCCAUAUACAGUAGCUGCUACCGAUACAUGUCGAAGCCGGCGCAGCUGAAGGACGCCUUGAUUGACGCGCAGAACUAUCUCGACAUCUCGCAACUGAUGAAGGCCUCCAGCUUCUUCGACGUGGUGCGUUACCUCGUGCGACAGUCCCUGCAGGUUGGCGUGUACACGCUGUUCACGUGCGGUUCAUCUACGAGGCCGGCCGCCCCGUUGCUGUACGUAACCGAGGGCUACACCCUGGCGGAGAAGCUCGGCCAGUCGUUCGACUCGGGCGACGCUCAAGAAACCUUCGCCAGAGUCUCAGGGAUAGUUUGGCUAAACGUCAGCGACGUCGACGCCCAAAUGGCCCUGCUCAAAGACAUCGACGCUGGAGUCUCGAAGCUUUUCGCGACGGGGUCCAGGAGCGAGGAGCAGAUGCCGCUGCGUGACGCGGUCGCCAACAUGUUCCCCGGUGUCUCGGCCGAGGACUGGGUGGCCGCUGUGAGCGCCUCGCAGCGUCAUAGAAUCGUGCUCGUGCCCACGGACGACAUACUUACCCGCGGCUCCGAGAUUUACAAGCCGGCUACGCAGUUCGUGGUGAAGUACGGCCUGCGGAAUGCCACCUUCUACCUGGCGACAAACCUGGAGGCCGACGUGCUAUACGUACUCUCCACUCACAAGAAGAUCCUCAAGAAUGACGUCAGCAAGGGUUUCUACUGUCUCGGCUUCACUCACAAGUGCCUGGCGCUCACCUGGGCCUACCUGGCCGCGAGGCUGCUUGCGCCGAUCGGCAGCACGGGUGUGAUUUUCAACAUACUCAAGUUCAUGAACGAAAUCGUCCAUGAGACGGACCAAGUGCUCAGUUGGAUGAAGAACACGACCGCCGUCAAGGCGAAGGAAGUGGUGUCUAAGACGUUGCUGGACGUGGUCGCUGGCGAAGGCUUCAAUGUUUCCCGCGUCGACUACUCGGGCCCGGAGCCGCCGCUCGACGAGUCCGACCCUUUCCUGAAGAACCUGGUCGUGGCCCUGAGGCACCAUCACGCCGUCAUGGCCGCAAACCCUCCCACGCGGCUUGAGGUGCUCAUCUCGGACCUCGAGUUCAGCAGCUACCUCAGCUACGUGCCCGAAAAGAAGGCCAUCCUUGUGCCCACCCUGUACCAGAACAACCCGUACUUGUACCCGUUCCGGGUACCGGACUUCUUCAACUACGGCACCCUGGCGGUGCUCAUAGCUCGCGUGCUGAUCGCUGAUGUCGUCGGCACCAGCACCGGUAGCACUCAGCAGGACAGCUGGGAUAACGUGACGCGGGUCAAGCACGCCGAGGUCAUGAGCUGCCUGGCGCAGCGCCGGGCCAGCCUGGGCUUCGGAGACGUCAAUCCUGUCAGCGGCGCCCAACAGAAGGCGCUCAUUCUUACGCUUACAAUGAGCGUUCGGCUUGCCUACUACGCCCUUAUGAAGACAUUCCGCUUGAAGGCUGGAACAGCCAAGGUGUUCAAUGACUACUGGCCAGCGGCAGAGGAAGUGUUCUUCGCGCGCUUUUGUCUGCUCUGGUGCAGCGCCAGCAACGACGCGAACCCUCUGACGCCACGCGAGCGGUGCAUGCUGCCGCUGUACAACAUGGAGGAGUUCGUUGACCACUACAGUUGCAAGAGUCGCGCAAACUUCAGCGCGGCUCCCUUCUGCAAAGUGUAG